AUGGGCCGGUCCAUAAACUCAUCCCUCUCCACCCGGUCAACUACCAGCAGUAGCUGCUCGGUCGCGAUGGAUAAUACUGUACUGCUGUGUGCGCUCAUUGGCCUAAUUUCUGUCCUGUACUUCUCGCAUAAGCGAUCCAACAAGGCGCUCCCUCACAUUCCUGCUGUCGGCCCCUCCGCCCCAGUGUUAUCCUACCUCGGAGCAAUCAAUUUCUUCCGGAAUGCCCAAGGGGUAAUUCAGGAAGGAUAUAACAAGUACAAGGGAUCUGUAUUCAAGAUCGCGACGUUCGAACAAUGGGUCGUCGUAGUCACCGGCCCCAAGCUGAUCGAUGAGCUGCGCAGCCUCCCGGAUGACCAGGCGUCCUUUGGCGAGGCAGUGAACGAGAUGCUGCAUAGCGAAUACACCAUCGGACGUGAUGUAAGCGAGGAUGCGUACCAUAUCGGCGUCGUCCGCGGCCAGCUCACGCGGAACUUGAGUGCGCUACUGCCCGAUGUAAUCGACGAAGUCGGGAUGGCAUUUGAGGAGCAUAUCCCAGUCAAUGAUGAAGGAUGGCUCGAGGUGUCUGCCUUCUCCGUCAUGACGCAGAUUGUCGCGCGCGCCAGCAGCCGCAUUUUUGUUGGUGUCCCCAAGUGUAGAGACCGAGACUUUCUCAACCUCGCAAUCGACUUCACGACAGAUGUGAUAAUGGGAGAGGUUAUUAUCGGUUUUUUCCCUACAGUGUUACAGCCUAUUGCUGGCCGCUUAUUUUCGCGGCUAGGAAGCUCCACCAGGCGCGCGACCGCGCAUUUACGGCCCAUCAUAGACGAGCGGAGGAAGAAAUUGGCCGAGUACGGAGAGGACUGGUCAGAUAAGCCUAACGACUUACUCAUGUGGUUAAUGGACGAAGCGCGCAGUGGGGGUCGCCCUGACGAAUCCGUCAUACCCAGGGUCUUGGUCGUGUGCUUCGCAGCGAUCCACACUUCAUCUAACAGCUUCACGCACGCCCUAUACCACCUUGCGGCCAACCCUGCGUACGUCCAGCCUCUUCGAGAGGAGAUCGAGAGCGUUAGCAAGGCGCACGGGUGGGAUAAGACCUCCGUCGACAAGAUGUGGUUGUUGGAUAGUUUCCUGAAGGAGUCGCAACGCAUGAACGGUACCGAAUGCACUGCGCUCCACCGCAAAGUACUACGGGAUGUCACUCUGUCUGAUGGGACCUUCAUUCCUGCGGGGACCCGAAUGGUGGCGGCCUCAAUGUCGACACAUCUCGACGAAGAAUAUUACGCGAAUCCGAACGUCUUCGACCCGUUCAGGUUCUGCAAGAUGCGCGCUGCGGAAGGAGAAGCCACGAAGCACCAGUAUGUCAGCACGUCGCCCGAGUACAUUCCCUUCGGCCAUGGCAGGCAUGCAUGCCCCGGCCGGUUCUUCGCCGCCAACGAGCUCAAGGUGACACUGGCGUAUGUCGCGCUGAAUUACGACGUCAAGUUUGAGCACGAGGGUGAGCGACCGAAGAAUGUUUGGAUUAGCACAACCGUGCUGCCUGCGCCCAACGCGAAGGUGAUGUUCAGGAAGCGCCAGUCUGUGCUCGCGUAA